GGUGCAAUAUGGCGGUUAUUCACAUCAAAUAAUAUUGCACUAAUGUCUCAAGAACAAGUCAUCGGACGGUGACAGUAUGGUUGUUUUUUCAAAAAUAUUACAUCCUUUUACCUCUAGGAUUUCGUGUCACGAAUUAGCACAUACGUGGACUCCAUCAUGUUCUUCUGCGGCUGCAGGAAUCUUUCGUUCGUGUUUUGUGGAAUCCUUGAAAAUUUAUGGUCUCCUUUACAUGAUUGGUGGUAUUCUGAGGAGGGCUGAUGUAAAGUACUUUAAAUAUAAGUAUCUACUGGAUGUAAUCAGGUCAUCCUGUUUUCUGGCUGUCAAUGGUGGAGGACUGGUGGUUUAUGUCUGUCUAUUAAGGAAGCUCAUUGGAUCUUUCAGCUACCUGUCAACUGUGUUUCUCCCUGGAUUUCUAGCAUCUCUUACUGCCAUUCUAGUUGAGAAAAAAAGCAGAAGAGGCACCCUUGCACUAUACAUGACAAAUUUGGGUGUUGAAACAACUUACAACAUGCUAAAGGAGAGGGGUCUCAUUCAUCCUGUUCCUAAUGGAGAGAUUCUGUUGUUCUGUAUUGCAACAGCCAUCAUGAUGUACCUUUAUAAGAAAAAGGGAGGUCUUACAGAUGGUGUUUUGAAUUCUUUAGUAAGGUUUUUUUUGGGUCCAAAUGAUCACAGUCCUGGCCAAGAAGUAGACAGUUUAAAAGCAAGUCUCUCAAUCAACAUUCGAGAAAGUCAGAUGCAGCAAAAAUGGCUACAACCAACACUAAAGGCCUUUGGUACUGGUUACAUUGUGCAAUUGGUGCCCAUGCUUCUUGGACAAAUAAGACAUGUAUUUAAAAGACCAGGGAAGCUAUUGAGAUUGUUUUAUAAUGAGGACUGUCUUAGAUGUGGUGUAUUCCUGGGAAGUUUUGUUGCAAUUUUUAAGACUGUUGAAUGGGUGUCAGGUUUCUUGAGAAAUAAAAGAGAUGAAUUGAAUGGAUUAAUAGCAGGUGGAGCAGCCGGUCUGUCCAUGAUAUUUUACAGAAGUUCAAGUAUAGCUUUGUACCUAGCUUCUAAAAUUUCCGAGCUUUUGUACAAGCAUGGUAUAUCAGCCGGGAUUCUUCCUUCCAUUCCUUAUGCAGAGAUCUUAGCGUAUUCUUUCUCAACUGCAUUGCUCUUUCAUGCGUGCACCUGGGAAGUUCACAGUGUGCGGCCAUCUUAUUGGCGGUAUCUAAACGUUGUGACGGCCAAGAGGUUUUGUGAAUUAAACAGAGCGAAAGUGGAUGAGAUAUUUGGUACAGAGAGCAGUAGGUUAUUUCCAAAGGAUGAUUUGUAUAGGUCUUUAACGAGAAGGUAGUGGUAAUCAAUUUGGAAAAUAAGGAAUCGAAUGCCUAAUUAACAAUUAGCCUGUUUGAUAAUAAAUAUUGUUAGCAAGGGAGAUUUAAAUAUUCUAGUAAAUAGCCUUUGAAAGUAAGAAUGUUAAAAUAUUUCUUCUCGUCUGAAAGCAUAUGAGUAGAUAAAUUUAGUAAUGUGUAACCAAUCAGAAAGACUUACUUCAACCACGCUAUAAUCGGGGUCCUGAUAGGGAACUUCAUCUUACAGCUGACACGUGGUUUGUAAGAUGACGCAGGCGAGAGUCGGAUUUGAAAAUUGUGCAAUCCGAUUGGUCAAUUAAUCUCGUAGGUGAAAUACAGCUUUCUGAUUGGUUAUUUGCCUAGUGCAUCCUAGGUUACUUCUCAGGUUGCUUUCUUUGGCUGUAGCAUAGGCACGCAAACCGCUCUCUUUGGUAAAAUUUUUGUACGAAAAAUUCCUCUUGAGAAAUUAAAGAGAUUUAACAUCCAAAUUGUAGUUUAGACGAUUCUUAGUGAAAUGGUCUUUCAACAAAAGCUGCGUGUUACUGCUAACAGUGAUAUGUUGUAAGUCAUAUUACCUAUCUUUUGUCAGAACAAGAAUUCAAGAUGCUCAAAUAUUCUCAUAUCAUAGACAACCAAAAGUUACUGGUCUUCCUAUCAUUUUAUAUCGAGUGUAAGUAACCAAGGAAAAAAAAUCAGUCAAAUCCUUUAAUUUCAAUCCCUUCUCUUCCAGAGUAAAUGGUUGUUUCCAGUAAAUGGUAGUUUCAGAGGUUGAAUUAAACCAAAUAAAGUAUCAUU